AUUAUUAUGUAUAAAUAAAUUUUGAUUAAUUUUGCUAGCAAUGCAUUACUACAUAUGAAUGUAAUUCAUAACAAAACAAAGAAAAGUAAAACCCUUUUCUUACAUCGCAACAUUUAUUUUUAGAAACAGUCUCACCCUCGGCGAGGAAAACUUAUUUAAAAUUAAUGAAUACCAGUCUGGCUAUUCAUUGUCCGUAGGCUCCAGCCUCAAGUUUAUAUUCCCGAUAAUUAUACAUUCUUGAUUCCGAGGAAGACUGGAUAAAGCACAAAGAUAUACAAUAUUCAGCAACGGUAAUUAUACUUUACAAUGACGGAGCUCCCCACGAGCUUUUACGUCAGUUCAGUCUCUGCUAGCAAAGAGCGAACUUCCGGUAUCAAGCCUCAGUUUCUCAGAAUGAAGUUGUCGAUAACCCCCGAAGCAGCCCUGCGGUUUACCAAAAUGAACGUCUACUUGGUCAGUUCCUGGCCGCUGUCUAAAUCAGUAAGCAGAGUGACCAAAAUUUGGUUCAGCAUUCGUUGGUGGACUGCAUUCAUUUCGUUACUGCUGCUGUUUUUGCCCUUAACAAACGGUGUCUUUGUGUUUCGUAAGGAUUCGCUGGUGAUGGUGAAAGCAGCUUGUCAAAGCGGAGCAUCAGGUCAAGCUUUACUGAAAUUGCUGAUCUGCCGAUAUCAGUCUAACCGCCUUCAAUUUCUGCACCAAGAGAUGGAAAUGUUUAUAAAAAACGCUGACUCUCUAGAAAAAAAGUGCCUGCAGAAAUACAUCGAGAAGAGCGGGUUCUUCCACGUCUUUGUGAGCGUCAGCAUGUGGGCAGUCUGUCUGGCGUUCAUAAUUGAGCCUAUCCUUCUGUCUCACCCUUAUCCGACAGACACAGCGUACCCGUUUGUUGUUAAAAGUGAACCAUUGCGAAUCGCGUUGUACUUGCAGCAAGUAAUGGCGCUAUUUUUCAUCGCAGCGGCUCUCACGAUUGACUUCCAGGUCGCUACCUUGCUGUGGUUCACUUGCGUGAAGUUUGAAGUUCUGAGCCACCAUUUUCGAGAGGUCUCCAGCGAACGGGAAUUGGUAUCUUGCAUCAAAAAGCACCAGCAAGUGCUCUGGUACGCUAAAGAAGUUAAAAAUGCAGUUCACUACAUAGCUCUUGCUACGAUAGCGACUACGACAAUUGGAGUCAUUUGUGGAUGCUUGACGUUAAUCAGUAAUCAACCAUUUUCUGUAAAACUGCGCAUCGCUAAUAUUGUUGGAAAUGCUACCUCAGAACUCUUCAUCUACGCGUGGCCUGCUGAUAAUCUUAUUCAAAAAAGCCAGGACAUUGGAUGGAGUGUUUAUAACAGCAAAUGGAUAAACGCUCCAAUUAGUAUGGUGAAAACAACAAUGAACGUUAUUCAUCGGUCACAGGUUCCGGUAAUGAUAUCAAUAAGUGGAGUGAUGCCGAGCCUUUGUUUGCAUUAUUACACAUCAUUUUUGUCUACCACGUUUUCGUAUUUUACAACUUUGAGGGCAGUUUAUUCAGCAGAUGAGACUGAAAAUUGAAGAGGUCAGUAGUAAUGAUAGUUUCUCUAAUAAAAAUGUUUAUUUUGAAAUAUAUUUGUAUAGGAAAAUAGAACAAAGUGAUUUGAAAAGUUUAAUCAGAGUAUCUUAUUAUAUUUUCAAAAGAAUUCCUUG